AUGGCUCCAGAAAAGGAUAGAAGUGACAGCUAUGGCUUUGCUGUUGACAAGAUGGUCAAUAGUUUCUGUACCAUAUCUGGUGAGCAGGAUGCAGACUUAUCAGAGGAGACAGACAGAAACAAACCAACUUAUUGUGUAACAGAUGUGCCACCAUGGUACCUCUGCAUCAUCCUAGGAAUUCAGCACUGUCUGACUGCAUUUGGUGGAAUCAUUGCCAUCCCGCUGAUCCUCUCUCAGGGUCUUUGUCUGCAGCAUGAUGGACUCACUCAGGGUCUCCUGAUCAGCACCAUCUUCUUUGUUUCUGGGAUUUGCACUUUAUUACAGGUUAUCUUUGGCAUCAGGUUGCCUAUUCUUCAAGGUGGGACUUUUACUCUUCUUGCACCCACAACAGCCUUGCUGUCCAUGCCAGAAUGGACUUGUCCGGCCUGGACACAGAAUGCCAGCCUGGUCAACACAUCUUCACCCGAGUUUAUUCAAGUCUGGCAGAGUCGCAUGCAAGUAGUUCAGGGUUCUAUCAUGGUGGGCUCCCUGUUCCAAGUGUUGGUGGGAUUCACUGGUCUUAUUGGUCUGAUUAUGCAGUUUAUUGGUCCUCUGACUAUUGCUCCCACCAUCUCUCUGAUUGGCCUUUCCUUGUUUGAUUCUGCUGGCACGAGUGCAGGAAACCACUGGGGCAUCUCAGCCAUGACAACAUUCUUGAUUGUGCUGUUCUCUCAAUAUCUUCGCCACAUUGCCAUCCCCAUUCCCACCUACAACAGGACCAAGAAAUUUCACAUCUCCAGAAUUAAUAUCUUUCAGAUUCUUCCAAUCCUCUUGGGAAUCACUGUUUCAUGGCUAAUCUGCUACCUGCUGACUACCUAUAAUGUCCUGCCUUCCAAUCCGGAGCAGUACGGCUAUCUCGCUCGCACUGACAUUAAAGGAGAUGUAAUAAAUAGUGCACCUUGGUUCAGGUUUCCAUAUCCAGGCCAGUGGGGUUUACCAACCAUAAGCCUUGCAGGAGUGUUAGGAAUCUUCGCAGGAGUCAUAGCUUCAAUGAUUGAAUCAGUGGGUGACUACGUUGCCUGUGCUAGGUUAGCUGGUGCGCCACCCCCACCCAGGCAUGCAAUCAACAGAGGGAUUGGUAUCGAAGGUCUGGGCUGUCUGUUAGCAGGGGCUUGGGGUACAGGCAAUGGGACCACCUCCUACAGCGAGAAUGUAGGUGCACUGGGCAUCACUAAGGUUGGCAGCCGCAUGGUGAUUGUUGCCAGUGGUGUCAUUAUGAUUAUAAUGGGAAUGUUUGGAAAAAUUGGUGCUAUAUUUACAACAAUCCCAACACCAGUCAUGGGAGGAAUGUUCUUAGUUAUGUUUGGUGUCAUAACUGCAGCUGGUAUUGCUAAUCUACAGUAUUCAGAUAUGAACUCCUCUCGUAACAUCUUCAUCUUUGGAUUUUCUAUGUUCACGGGGCUUGCUAUUCCAAACUGGAUUAUAAAAAAUCCCUCCACUGUAGCUACAGGUAUUUUGGAGUUGGAUCAGGUGCUCCAGGUUCUUUUAACGACCAGCAUGUUUGUGGGAGGAUUCUUUGGCUUUAUACUUGACAACACAAUCCCUGGGACAAAACAUGAGCGAGGCAUAACUGAAUGGAACAAGGCUCAUAAAGACGAGUCUGACAGCACUGUAGAAAGUGAAGAUGUGUAUGGACUUCCCUGUGGUAUCACUUCCUGUGUCUCUUCUUACUCCUGUUUUAAAUAUGUACCAUUUUGCCCCUCACAUAAAGCAAGGCCACAAAAUAACACAUCCGAAAUUCUAAAGAACCAGGACGAGCCGGGCAAAAAUGACACACAGAUCAUAGUAGGAGUGGCACUUUAAUUUGUAUGAAUGUUAUGCUUUGCUUAUAUAUGAUGUAAUUUGCUUG